AUGGCCAUUCCGAGCGACCAAGCCGCUCCCUUGGACGUCACUGCAUUGUCUGACGAGAAGACAGCUGCCGCGAAUAUAGGGUCUCCCAAGAGAGAGCCUUCGAGUCAGGACGGCGUCCCGGUAUCCGAUUCUGUGCUUGACGUACCCGGAGGUUCUGUGCCCAAGUCCGAGAGGUCUGGAGAGGCCAAAGAGCUGGAGCGCGUCCAGGAUUCAGCAGACAUUGCGAAAGCCACUCUGAGCUCUGCCUUCUCAUCACCCAAGCUCGUCGCGAAUGACUGCGAGAGCAUUGUCUCUUUUGGUGAAGGCCAUGUUGUGAAGGACAUGCAUAGCAAAUCAGCUGUAGCGAGCCCUGUUCCUAUACAAGACCAGGAAGAGCGGUCUAGUGGAAAGGCAAAGUUAAAGCAUGAAGCGUCUCCAGUCGCCAAGAAGGAAUCACUCAUGACAUCUGCCCCGCAAGCUCGGCGCGAGAUCGUCGAGGUCGAUACCGAGACUGACACAGACACGACUAUCGACGCACCGAAGUCCUUCAAGCCGGCCCACAGUCUACCUCCUCACAUGCGACCCGAGUUUCAACCACCACCAGCGCGCCAAUUCGGUCUUAAUGACUCAAGGCACAUGGUACCACCAAACGAUGUCGCCCGAUACAACGAAGGCCCUCGAGCAUCUCGCUCCCACUAUAUGUCAUAUCAACCUAGAGGCGACCACGUGGAUCGAGAGCAGUUUGCCCGUGUCAGCGCCCAGUUAACGAAGAUCAAGCAUGAACUUGAUGUUGAGCGCAAUAAGAACUGGCGACUUCGGACAACCAUCGAGGCCGAGCAGCAGCAGAAGGUUGAAGCCGCGUCUUCGAAGAUGCUUACCAACCUCCUGCGAGAGCAAGCUGAAGCUCUCACGCUCAAAGCCAAGGUCGAAGCUAGGGAGCGUGAACUUGACCUUCGGGAGCAAAGGAUCUCACAGCAGGAAGUUUACCUUUCCGAAGGCCAGAAGCAGCUCUGGUUUUCUCUCGAAGCAAAUGGCGUUCGCCCUAUAAGUGCAGUGGAUAUACAGCACGCCCGGCAAGAAGCCGAGCUGAACGCUCAAAAGGCCAUGGCUGACCUCAACGGAAAGCUUAACAUCAAGAUCGAAGGUCUACGUCUUCGUGAAGCAGCACAGCAGAUGCGCGAACAGCAGUACAAGGCUAUAAUUCGCGAUUCGCUCAAGGACGAACUCGAGAACUCGCUGACCGAUGAGAAGGCUGAAGAGAUUGCUGCAAUUGAGUACAAUAACGGAUAUGGUGCAGGAAAAGAGAUCGGUAGCAAAGAAGCACAAGAAAAGUCUCGCCAGCGAGGUUUCUUAGAGGGCUAUGGCGCCUGUCACCGUACUCAAAUCACCCUGAGCAAGUGUCGCCAGGGUCUGAUCGAUCGUGACAGCCCCGAGCUGAACUUCCUCUACGACGCCAACCACCCACACAACCUCUGGAACAUUGGCGAGCUGGUCGGUCGCCUGGAGCAUGAAGACAACCCCGAGAAGAUGAAGAACGUGUCAAAGAGGGAGUCUGCGGUCGAGAAGCCAGUCAUCAACACCAAGACUGCCAAUGUCGCUGAUGAGCCCCGCGAUAUGAAUGGCAAGGUCAACGGGUAUACCAAUGAUACCAUGAUUCACAAGCGAGAGGAGACAAGUAGCAGAAUGCCAUUCGCGCGUCCCACCUUCGCCGCCGAGCUUCGCGGUCCCUCUGCUACACACAACGGCCACAUCAUUCUCGCUAACAACGUCGCUUCACCAGCCGCCAAGAAGACUGAACAACUCAUCAUCAAGGGUGAGGAGCCUGUCGUGAAUUUGAUUGACUUCGUGUAA